UUGGGCCGCGCUGCCCAAAUAUGUUGGCUUGUACCAGUGACUAUUAUAACAUUGGUACUGAUCCCAAAGUACCAGCUGAUGGCUUAGAAAAAGUUAAGGAGUACCCACAAAUUACUAUUGAACCAGUGAUCGAGACAGCGUUUUAUACUGGUUUCACAAAUCAGGUUUCUGAGUUUAUAAUGCGGCUACGCAAAGAGUAUCGUGUUAUUAAUGAAAACUUAAUAUAUCCCAGGGUAUUGUUUUAUCUGAGUCAGCAAAUGGUUAAGGAUUACGUUCGCUGCCACACGGUGUUGGUAGAUCUCCAGACACUGAAGAUGUUACAUUAUGCACAACGAAUGUUGCUGGGCUAUGCGCACAGUAAUUUUACUGAGAAAGAUUCCGUUGAUGCAAAAAUAAAAAAGGAAAAGUACUGCAUUGGGAUGACAUACAUUGAUAUGGCGGAGAAGUUAAGCCGUUACCGAAAGAAGCGCAUGGCUCUGUUAGAGGCGGAAGUUAAACGUCUUGCAUGGAAUGUUGACAAUAUACCAUCUGUAAAAGCCACUGGUAGGCUUUAUCUACUUAUUGAUGCAUUUAAUGUUCGACCCAUUUUUAUAAUGUUGCUGGGUUCUGCAUUGCUACCAACCAUUCGUUAUUUAACACGUUAAAAUUAAUAUAAUCGCACAAU